AACGGAAUCCUAAAAGGCGGCGCUUGGGCUUUAAUUCACAGACAUGUCCCCGCGCUCGCGCCGCAGUGCCAGCACCUUCAAGCAGCAAGCCGACAACUGGGGGCGCGUUGCAUGCUGGGAGUUGUAGUCCGAUCGGAGCUGUAAGGCCUGCUGGGAAUCGUGGUCUCCGCGGAUCCUGCCGAGGUGCUGUGGGUACGGCUCGCGGUGUGGCCCCGCCCCGUUCACCUCGAGUGACCAAUCGCGAGUCUCUCCUGCUGACCAGUCUCGGGGUGUCCGCGGCCGCGAGGGAGCUUUAAGAAAGACCCCAGGUGUCACCAGAGCCGCAGCACUGCAGCCGAGCGGUGUCCCUUAAACCGGGAAGCGCAACGCCCCUGAAAAUCCAGCUUUAAUAGUAAAGGUUACUAUGAAGGCUCUGUAUUGUCAGCAGAAUUCAUCUGGAGAGGAAAUUAUAUUUGUCUUCCAGGAAAGGGAAAAUCUUCCUGUUGCAAGAGACAAUGAUGUGAAAAUACAGGUUAAAGCCUGUGCUCUGAGCUGGACAGAUGUAAAGCUUUUAUCAGAAAUGAAGAUGAAGAAAGAAUUUCUACCUGUUGGGAGGGAAAUUGCUGGAGUGGUGUUGGAGGUUGGAAGCAAAGUGUCCUUCUUUCAGCCAGAUGAUGAAGUAGUGGGAAUCUUGCCCCUGGAUUCAGAAGAGUCUGGUCUCUGUGAAGUUGCUGUAAUUCAUGAGCAUUAUUUGGUUCAUAAACCAGAAAAAGUCCCUUGGGUUGAAGCGGCAGGGACCAUUCGUGAUGGCCUACGAGCAUACACAGCUCUACAUUAUCUUUCCCAUGUUUCUCCUGGAAAAACUGUACUAGUAAUGGAUGGAGCAAGUCCAUUUGGUACAAUAGCUGUUCAGUUAGCACAGCACAGAGGAGCCAAAGUAAUUUCUACAGCGUAUAGUCUUGAAGACGAGCAGUACUUGGAGAGGCUUAGACCUCCUGUGGGCAUGAGGCAACCUUUAAUUGCUCGAGUCAUUGAUGUCUCAAAUGGUAAGACUGAUGUGGCAGAAAGCUGUUUGGAGGAAACAGGCGGGCUGGGAGUGGAUAUUGUCCUAGAUGCUGGAGUGAGAUUAUACAGUAAAGAAGAUGAGUCAACAUUAAAACAGCAACUGCUGCCACACAAACAUGAUAUCAUUACACUUCUUAGUGCUGGAGGACACUGGGUAACCACAGAGAAAAACCUCCAGCUGGACCCUCCAGAUAGCCACUGCUUGUUCCUUAAGGGAGCCACAGUCUCUUUUCUGAAUGAUGAAGUAUGGAAUUUGUCAAAUGUGCAACAAGGGAAGUAUCUUUGUAUCUUAGAAGAUGUAAUGGAAAAGUUAUCAAAUAGUAUUUUCAGGCCUCAGUUGGAUGACCCAGUCCCAUUGUAUGAAGCCAAGGUUUCUAUGGAAAUAGUUCAGAAGAAUCAAGCAAGAAAAAGACAAGUCAUCCAAUUCUGAAGCACAAUUUCCUUGUUUCCAAGACUGCGAGACAGAUAUGUAAUAUAUUUGAUAAGUAAAUUGGUGUGCAACUUCAAAUAGUUCUGUAA